AUGCGUACAGUUGGCCGAAUACGUUACGAAACAGGCCAGAAAGCGCCAGUGAAAACUGACUCAUUUUAUAAACCUAUUGCAAGGCGGCCAUUUGAAUCGGCGCCGCUGGUCAUCCCAAAAGUUCUGCAAAAAGAACUUCCGUAUCGUUUGAAGCCUAAAGUUGCGCAAGAGUUGCGGAAAAAGGAGGAGAAAUUAGUCGAACAACAUACAGCAGUUAUACUGGAGCCGCACGAAAGCAAAAUACAUCAAUUUAUGGAAAUGGUGGACACGCUGUACGAAGAGAAACAGAAAAAAGAUAGGCAGGCGCUUGAGGAGCGUGUCAAAAAACAUCGCCUGGAGAUGGCUGAACUGGACGCACAAAAAGUACGCGGAAUUAAAAAAACGAAAAAGAAAAUUUGUCGUGCACUAUCCAAACGAGAACAAAUGAAAUUACGUAAAGCACUGGACUCUGUUACCAGCCAUUCUUAG